GCUGGACUCUGCCUGAGCUGAGGUGGAGCCAGGUGGAGCAUGCACAUUCUGCACAUUGCAGCUAGGGCAGCUGGCAAGUUGCAUCAUGGUGCAGGGAAAGUCUGCCAGCUAGAGCAAUCCGUCUGGUGGUGGUGGGAGAUGGUGGUGCUGUGCUGAACAACAAGAAUGCGGUGAAAACCCAUGAAGAAAUGAUUUGAGGCUGGGGAAUCACUUGGUUGCUGAGCACCUUUGAUGUAAUUGGGGCAGAGAGGUUCAGGAUGGCAAAGACGUGGCCGGCCAAUCUCUUCUCGACUUGGGACGCCCUUCUUGUUCUGGCUGUUCUUGUUCAUGUAGUACUUGCCCCAUUCACCAAGGUUGAAGAAAGUUUCAAUGUUCAGGCAACCCAUGAUCUUCUAUACCACCGGGGGAACUUGACUGAGUAUGACCAUCAAGAGUUCCCUGGUGUCGUGCCCCGCACUUUCCUUGGGGCAAUCAGCUUGGCCGCUACCUCCUUCCCACUUGUGGCGUGGCUACAAACGAUCAAUCUGCCCAAAGUUGGGGCACUCUAUGUAGUACGAAUCGUCCUUGGACUCGCCACCGCAAGCUCACUCAUCGCUCUCAACCGCCAGAUCAGGUCAAGAUUCGGUCCAAACGUUGGCAGGGCGUUCGCCCUCGUUUGCUGCUCGCAGUUCCACCUUCUCUUUUACGCCAGCAGACCGCUACCCAACAUAUUUGCGCUCGGGCUAGUGAGCUACGCAUACGCAAGAUGGUUGGAGGGGAGACCAGUGGCGAUGCUUCGGUUCGUGGUCUUUGCUAUGGGCGUGUUCCGGUGCGAUCUGGUUAUACUACUUGGGCCGCUUGGGCUUCACCUACUCUUGACCCGAUCGAUAUCGUUCUGGGCCGCCUUCAGGUGCUGUUUCGUUGCUGCUGUUGCCAGCUUGGCUGUCACUGUGGCAGUCGACUCCUUCUUCUGGGGCCGGUGGUUGUGGCCUGAGGGCGAGGUCCUGUGGUUCAACACUGUUCUAAACAAGAGCGCCGACUGGGGCGUCUCCCCGUGGCACUGGUACUUCACCUCGGCGCUGCCCCGGGCACUGCUCGGGGCAUACCCCCUAGCACUGCUCGGCGCGUUCCUUGACCGGCGCGCGGGGAGCCUGCUGUGGCCGAUCCUCUUGUUCGUGUCACUCUACUCGUAUCUUCCACAUAAGGAGUUGCGGUUCAUCUUCCCAGCUUUCCCGAUCUUCAACACAUCCGCCGCAGUCGCCAUCGAACGGAUACGCAUCAAUUGGCAUAAGUCCUGGUUAUGGAAGCUCCUGGGCUUAAGCUGCGCUGGGUUGCUUCUCGGCAGCCUGGCUGCUACUUGCGUUUUUACGGCAGCUUCGGCCGCUAACUACCCUGGGGGGGAGGCCCUGAGACUGCUGCACAAAUUAGAGAGCUCGAAGCCGCAUUUGGACGCUCCUCCGUACGUCCACGUGGACGUUUUGCCCGCCAUGACCGGCGUCUCACGUUUUCUUGAGGAACCGGGCUGGAGGUACUCGAAAGAGGAGGGCUUGGAUCCGGAGGACUACGCCUCACGGAACUUCACGCACUUGCUCAGUGGACGGUCCGAUGUGCCCCACUUCAAGCUUCUGGCCGCGGUAGAAGGCUUCCACAGGGUGCGGUUGCGGCGUGCGCUUUGGCCCGUUUAUCUGGAGAAGAUACCGUCCACGUUCAUACACGUCAGAUCCGAUGCCGGCCCCUAGUGACUAGGACCUGAGACUCGAAGUGCUUAAUCUCUGCCCGCUAACCAAACGAUUCUUAUUGGUGCUCCAACAUGUUAUGGAAGGAUCUCCACCGCUGCCAUAAAGAGCCGGUGCGCUUAGGCGGCACACAGUGCCAUACUUUUACCGAUUGCUGUACGGCGAUGUGUAGAGUGCCUCCAAGGUACAAUAGACCCAGAAUGAAUCCAAUCCAUAGUCAGUCACCGCGGUACAGAGCAUGGGUAACCAAUCUUUUUCGUCAAAAAGCAUGUCUGGCAGGCUCACUGAGUUAAGUGGACAGCCGUCGCUAAUGCACCGCCCCCGCUCUGCGUGUACGUGCAAAACCUCGACUUCCGGCGCC